AUGGACAUACCUACCUCAACACAAUAUUUCAGCCUCCAACCCCGUCACUGGGCUUACGAGAGUGCUCUGCCACGCGACAAUCCUUACCGACAACUGAUAUCGUUAUUCUUCACCACCUGGUUCUUCGGCAUUCUUCUAUAUUUCCUGUGCUCGGGACUGUCGUACUGGCUGGUUUUCGACAAAACAACAUUCAAGCACCCGAAGUUCUUGAAGAACCAGGUCAAGCUUGAAAUCAAGCAGGCCUUGUCCAGCAUGCCUGGAAUGUCCAUCAUGACAGCGCUACUCUUCUUAGUGGACGUUCGAGGAUACGCCAAGCUCUACGACCGAUCUGACGAGGCGCCUUUCCCACUUUACAACAUACUGCAGUUUCCAUGCUUCCUGCUCUUCACCGAUAUGUUGAUCUACUUCAUCCAUCGCGGCCUCCACCAUCCUCUCGUCUACAAGAAGCUUCACAAGGCGCACCACAAAUGGAUCAUGCCAACUCCAUUUGCGUCGCACGCCUUCCACCCGAUCGAUGGCUUUCUCCAGUCUGUGCCAUAUCACAUAUAUCCUCUCCUUUUCCCUCUCCAGAAAUUUGCCUAUGUGGCACUCUUUGUCUUCGUCAACAUCUGGACGAUAUUCAUCCACGAUGGUGAGUACAUGGCAAAUUCACCUAUAUUGAACGGCGCAGCAUGCCACACGAUGCAUCAUCUUUAUUUCAACUACAAUUAUGGUCAAUACACUACUUUGUGGGACAGACUGGGAGGCAGCUAUCGCAAGCCCAACGAGGAGCUUUUCCGCCGUGAGAGCAAGAUGGGGCAGGCUGAGUGGGAGCGACAAGUCAAGGAGAUGGAGAAGCUCGUUCAGGAAGUCGAGGGCGAUGAUGACCGAUCCUAUGGCAGUGAUGAGGCGAAGAAGGUGCAAUGA